CCUACGAAAAAUCAGCUGAUAUCUUUGAUAUCUCCAGGUCGAUGUUCAAGUACCCAUGGCUGGAAUACCCAGAAAGGACCAAAGGUGAGGCUGGAAUAGACAGGAACAGAGUCAGGGGUGCGGCCUGAAAAGAAAAGCUCCCUGUCUCUCUCUCCCAAGAUAGGGGUCUGGGGAGUUCAGCAAACCCACAGGAAGGGUAAGGGCAGGCCACUGGACACUUGGUGGCUCCCCAUGGCCUUCAAGGUAAGCUCCAGGACCCUCAAAGAUGGGACAUCUGUCUUCCCAGCUUCUGCUCCCGUAUCUGCACCCUGCUCUCUACCCAACUCCCCACCUCCCAGUCUUUGAAAGAAGUUUUUCCCGUGCCUAAGGCUCUUCCCCCUUAUCUCUCCGGCUAACCCCCAGGUGGAUUAAACUGAGCCUCUAGGGAACCUUCCCUGAUCCUCCCAGGCAGGUUACGGGCCUCCUCUGUACCUCACCUGUGCCUCUAACCUCACACUUGUCUCCCUUUGUUAAUCACCAGUAAACAAUUCUGUCUCACCAGCUAGAUCCAUGGUUCUCAAAGUGACAGGACAAGCAUUAUCAGUCUCUUCCAAAUCCCCAGCCCCUACCCUAGAUCUACUGACUCUACUCAGAAUGAGUGCCAGAAAUUGGUUUUAAGAAGCUCUCCAGGUGAUUCUACAGCACACUCAAGUCUGAGAACCACUGAACAAGACCCCUGGUUUUCACCAUCAACUGCACAUUAGAAUCCUCUGGGGAGCUUUCUGAAAGGCCUAGGCCCUAUAUCCCCAGAGCAUCAGAUUCAAUUAGUCUGAUGUAGGGCCAACGCAGGUUAAAAGUUCCCCCAAAUAAUUCUAACAUGCACCAUUCACUAAAUGCUGAAUAAAUGAAUGCCUGAAAGGAUGAUUCUUAGCCCACCAUUUGUACCACAGAACUCAGGAAAGUCAUGGCUCCUGUUCACCUGCCCUUGUCCUGCUACCAGGCAACUCAAAGAGGGCACGCCAAUCCAAAAAUUCCAUCUCCCUAUGAGCAAGCUGACUGUAAAAUCUCGGGCAGGAUCCAAGCCCUCAGACCCUACUGGGAACCCCCUGAAGUGGCAAAGAUUAAAGGAACUCGCAAAAAGCUUGGAAUCUCCCAGAGAACAGGAGCAGUUCUAUGCAGCACAGGCUCUGGGAUGCCUGGGCGUCAGUGACAAGCUUGUCAUGGAGGCACUAUGGCAGGUGGCCCAUACUGGUCCAGAGAAAGUGAAGUAUGAGGCCUGUCGAAGCCUGGCCAUGCUGGGUUGCCUGCAGAAGCACGUGAUCCAGGUUCUCAUCACACAGCUGAAGGGGCAAAAUGAGGGGCGAAUGAUGGAUUCUCUGACAGGGCUACGAGUGGCUCUGAACUCCUGGGCUGCUGUCCCCAAAGACAAGAGAACUCAAGUCGGGGAUGAAGAGAAGUUGGUACCUGUGUUGCGGAUGCUGAUAAAUAGGUCAUCGAACAAAGCAGCUGUGGAGGCAGCCCUGUGCUUGGGUUUCCUGAGGCCCUGCAGCAACACAGCCCAGGAGUUCUUGCUGCGCUGCCUGAGCCAAGGGUCUAAAACGCAGCAGAUGAAGGCACUCAGGAUGCUGGUCAAGAUGAUGCACGUACACACGGCCACAGUCACCAAGGCCAUCCUAGACCAGCUGUGCUAUUCUCGUGUCCUCGAGCACCGCUUUGAAGCCACCCAGAUGCUCAAGACGGUUGGGCUGGAAAAGAUCCAGGAGCAAGGGCUGGAGGGAUUCACAUUUAACCUGCUCUGGAGGAAGACGUAUAAUGAACCUUUCCUUGCUAUGAGGCAGGCUGUGGCUGAAAUCGUGGAAGAGCUCAAGAUGAAGCCUACAAUGAUGAAUUUGGUGGAGGCGCAACUGAUGAACUCAAAUGCCACUGCACGCCAAGAAGCAGUCAUCUCUUUGGGCGUCCUGGGGAUCCGCAGCCUACAAGUGUACCACUUGCUCCUGGACAUGCUAGACACAGAAAAGAGCCAGGCUGUGAAGAAAAGUCUUCAAGAAACAUUAACUCUCUUGGCCUCAAUUGAUCCCUGGAUCCAAAACAAGCUGAAGAACAAGGUUCUCUGUGAAUAUGAGGUACUUAAGACUAAUGAAGAGGAAGGGCCUACGAGGUUUCGGAAAGAGCCUGAGAACCCAGAAGAGUUAACUAUCCAAGACUUCCGACUUGCACAGCUGAACCCCUUGUUUAUUGCGAAGUCCAGAGCCACACCAGACCAAAAGAAAAAGUUGAGUGCCCAGAAAGGCUCUGCCUUCCCACCCUGUUUCUCUAAACCAAAACACAGGGCACCAGCCACAGGGCCCUGGACACCAAAGAUCAGGAAGCAGCUCCGGAUCCUUGCUAAAACCUCCCAAUAGGUCAGUUCUUCAGACCAAGUCCCCACUCUCUUCCCGAGGAUGCUUCUUAGGCUCCCUUGAGAAAACAAUCUAUACCUAUCUUGCAUGAAUAAAUGAGUGUCACUCUACCUAUUACUCCUGGUCCUUGUCAGGGGCUGCACAGAAACUCAGGUCUCCUCUCUCCUGGUUGAGUAUUAAUUCACUCAGCCUCAUGUUCUUUUCACAAAGGGAAAGAGACAGAGCUGCUCCAGUAGCCAACCUGCCUCCCUAAAUCAAGCCCUUGUUUAUGCCCAGAAUUUAAUAAGCCUCUGCCCAGAGUGGGCUAUAGAAGGAAAAGUA